CAACUCAGUAACUACAUAGUUACAUGUAUUAUUGACCCAGGGGAAGUUGAGCGGUAACGAAAGCGCUAAUUAUUAUGUGUGCAUUUCGGCAUACAUUGUCACGACUUUGCUUGACCAUUACAUAACAAAUAGAUGGGGUUUUUUUUGUUUGUUUGUUUGUUUUGGCGAAUUUACGGUGGCGGUGACACAUUGCGCAUGCGCAUUGCCUGUGGCCAGCUCGAGGUUUUGCUGCUUCAGAGAUCAGCAGCAGCUGCAGGAGCAGAGGAGCAGCGCUGGGAAGAGCGACACUCCGGCUCUUCUCCGUGGAUCAAAUGAGACAUUACACCAACUGUGAUUAGAGCUGGGCUUUUGCAUCCAUUACACGUCGAUUUUGUGACCGAGGAUUUGUAAAACAAGCGGCAGCCGCGCUCUGAAUCCGCAAUCUCCGAUGUAUUUUGGAUGAUCUCCCGCAGCCAGGUCCACGUAUUGAGAUGAUCUAUUUUUGUGAUGGCGAAGGGUCUGUUUCCACGGGCCUGGGUGAAGAAGUCAUUCUACUUUCAGGCUCGUAUCUCCUUUGUGCGGGUGAAGUACCUGUUCCUGACAUGGCUGACCGUGCUGGUGGGGAGCUGGGUGCUGUACGUGCAGUACUCCACCUACACAGAGCUGUGCAGAGGACACGAGUGCAAGAACGCCAUUUGUGAUAAAUACAGAAGGGGAAUCAUUGACGGCUCUGCCUGCAGCAGUCUGUGUGAUAAAGACACUCUGUACAUGAGCAGGUGUUUGUCCACACUCCCUAACAACCAGGUGUACACAGGAAGCUGGGGAGACCAUGACGGGAUAAUCCGCUGCAAACUGGGGGAGGUUCUGCACUACGAGCUGGGCGAGGAGCCGGAGCCGCGGAGAGAAGCCCCCGUCUUCGACAAGCCCACCAGAGGAACGUCUGUGGAGAAGUUCAGAGAAAUGGUCCUCAAUCACCUAAAGUCCAAGCUGGGAGAGCAGGCUAAUCUUGCCAGCCUGGUGAGCCAGAUCCUCUCUGUCGCCGAUGGCAACAAAGAUGGACAUGUGUCCCUGCCGGAAGCCCGUUCUACCUGGGCCCUGCUCCAGAUGGAUGAGGUGCUGCUGGGCCUGCUGCUCCAGGACCGAGGACACACACCUCGCCUGCUCGGCUACUGCGGGGACCUGUACAUGACGGAGCAAGUUCCCUACGGGCCUCUGUACGGCAUGUCCUUACCCUGGCCGCUGGUGUCCUGGGUGCCCAGCGGGGUGCAGCGCAGCCUGGACCAGUGGUUCACCCCUUCCUGGCCGCGCAAAGCCAAGAUCUCCAUGGGCCUGCUGGAGCUGGUGGAGGACAUCUUCCACGGCACUUACGGGAGCUUCCUCAUCUGCGACCUGAGCGCAGCACACUUUGGGUACACCGAUCGCCACGAGCUGAGACUCACUGACACACGAGCGGUCGUCCCUGAGGAUGAGUUCAGACGCAGCAUGCGGGCACUGAAGUGCGAGGCGGAUGCGGACUGUGUGUACGGCGUGGACUGCCGGGCGUCCUGCGACGUGGCAAAGAGACGGUGCAGGGAGGAUCCCAUCCAGCCCAACCUGGCCAAGGCCUGCAGUGCGCUGAAGGACUACCUUCUGCGCGGGGCGCCGUCUGAGCUGAGCGAGGAGCUGGAGAGGCAGCUGUACGCCUGUAUGGCCCUGAAGGGUAACGCUGGACAGAUGAACAUGGAGCACUCGCUCAUCCUCAACAACCUCAAGGCUCUGCUGUGGAGGCAGAUCUCACACACCAAGGACUCGUGAUGAGGGGAGGGUGAGGAUCUCUGACAUCUUCAUGCUAGUUGGUUAUCUUAAAGAAUGAACUGAAAAAAGCAUAAAGAGUAGCAAACUUGUUGAAGUAGCUUUUAUCAGCUCUAACACUUGUGAAGGUGACAGACUGAAGGAGACCCUACCUCCUCGAUCCUAAUCUCCUCCCUGCUCUUUUAAGUUUGGUCAUUCCUCUCAAAACCACAGGGAGCGGUACGUUUAUCUUUUACAUAGAAACAUUUUAUUACUAAAAUGAACCCAAUGAUUGCAGAUUGCAAAAGUCGCUCUUAAAGGUUACUGCAAGAAUAAAACAGACGAGAUUUCACUGUGCAUCUCCACAGCUGAGACAAAUUACUAUUUUUGACAUAAAAUCAUGCUGUUACUUAUGAGCUGACAUGGCUCGUCAAAGAAAUUUAUUCCGUCAAGGAACAUAAGGAUGUCAAAUUCAAAGUGAUUGUUGAACAAACCACCUGUACGAAGAGAAAUUUACUUGCACUGUUCAAGACUUUUGACAACAUGACGCUGUGCUGAAGUUUCGAACAAGACAAUGUGAUGGUAUUUUUAUUUCAGUAUUGUCUAUGGAUUGUGUCGUGACUAUGCUGUGCGUUUUACAUCUAAAACCCUUAUUGACAUUGACAAUGCUGCAUCAAUGACACAAGAAACAAUGAAUUACUAUGUAUAUUUCAUUUGGUUUGUGAAUGAUACUUAUAUUUCAUGCUAGAAGGAACAUUUGUAAUGUGUUAUGGUUUCACUUUUCUUUUGUCAUGGUGCCAUAAACAAAGAGAUCAUGCUGAAUUUUAUGAAUGUUUACCACUGGUGGUCUAAUUGCUCCUUGAUGAAUUUUACAAGGCCAUAGUUGAAUGCUGUUUCAAGAAAAAAAAAACACAUCUUUGAAGAAAUUGCUGACAAAACUGUGACUGCAUUGACCAAUCCAGAUCGUGAUGUGCACACUGAGAGCCCAACUCGUCAAACCACUCAAGAUGAAGGAUGCAUUUCAAAAACAAGACAUGAUCUGUGAAGCAUGUCAGUUCCAGAAAAAUGAUCAAACACAAACUUUUGGUCAGUGCUGCUGUUGAAGUUACAAUAUUGUAAAAAUGUUUACUUUUUGAAGUCAAAACCAGCAUGAUUUUGCACAAUAAAUCACUUACCACUUCA